AAGAGUUGGGCCUGAUUGAGGCAAAGCCCAACCCAUAUUUAUGGCGGGAAAGUCGAAGUGAUACCAACAGGCGUGUCGUGUGCGUGUCCGGUAAGCUUCGUGAAUGCCCAUUAAAAGUCGUCAAACUUGAGAAACGUCCCGCCGUCCUCAACCGCUGUACUACUCCUUUCACUACUCUACUCCUCAUUUUCCGCUUUCACCUUCUUUAUUACAGUCUCAUUUCCCUCAUUUUUUUGCCCCCACAUUGCUCGCCCCUAGUCUCCUCGCCGUCACAGAUAAGAGAUAAUGACGCUUUUGAGGUCUCGCGAGGUGACUUCGGCAUCCAAGCCUAAACUCUCUCCAAAAACCCUAGAAAAUGAUGUAUUGGAACCGACAACUCCAUCAAAAUCUCUCGAGACUUUAGUCCAACCUCUAUGUAACGUCACUCCCACUUCUCCUUCUCUGGCUAGUUGUGACAUUCUUCGUGUUGCUGCAAGGAGGAGUUUGAGAUUGGCUUCUAAAACUGGUUUGAGGGAAGUUAUGAGUCAUAAAGGAAAGAGUAAGGAUUUUGAGAUUGAUAAUGGCAAGAAUUUGAACAGUGUCCUUGGUGUAGAAAGCGGGGGUUUGGGGGUGUUACAUAGUGAAGCAGUUGAAGAAGUAGGUCUGAGUGAAUCUGAUGAUAAAGGAAAUUCAGCCUGCAGUGAGGAAAGAAUUGAAAAUAUGAAAGAGGGAAAUGAGGAGAAAAGGACAAGUAUGGAAGUGCAGGGAGAAGGGGACACUAAGUUUUUGAGUUUGCGGUCAGGCAAGAAAAUCUAUAAGAGAGUAGUUGAAGAAUGCAGUGGUGGCUCCGUGGGCGAUACUGGAUCUGUUGGGAAUGGUUGCGAUGAGAUGUUGUCUCAAGGAAAGCUAAGUGAAGGAAUGCCAAACAGUUUCUGUUCAGAUGGCUCCAGCGAUAAGUUAGGGACAAGUUCAGUUGAACCUUCAAGUGUUAAGAGGAGGAGAUUCAGUAGAGAAGAGAAAUGUAAAGCCACAGUUUCUGAACAGGAUUUGUCAGUGGUUCAUUCGGUGAAAUUGGAACCAGAGGUAGCAUAUGAGAUAUUAAUUGAACACACAGUACCUCACUCUGCCUGUUUUCCAGAAACUGUUCAGGGUGAUGGGCAAGCUGUCACUUUACAAAAUCGCGAUUCAGGGACAAGGAGGCUUAGCAGAGAGGAAAAGGGAAAAAAAGUGAUGGCUGGGGAUGAUUUGCGUCAUGAUGUUGAUACAUUGGAAGGAAAAUCCCAGCAUGGGGCAGAGAAACUUGUUGAUGAAAUCAUUUCAAGUGCUAUUAAUUUCUCAGAGAAUAGGACAAUUCAGGAGGGAGAGCAAGUUUCAGAUACCAAUGGCACUGUAACUGAUACAAGAAGAGUUCAUAGAGAAAGAUUUAGGGAUAUUGCUAGGCGAAAUGCUUCGAGGUUUGCUCAUUUCUCUUCUCAAGCAGAAGAGGAUACCAAUGUCGCUGAUGAGGCUGCUGAGGAAAUUCCACAGGAGACAAUGGGGACUGAAGAAACAGAAGACUGGCCCGGUCCAUUUUCAACUGCUAUGAAAAUUAUUAGAGAUCGUGAAACGAACAUCAAGCAUCAACAGAAGAGUAACUCUGAGAAAAGUAAGGUUGAGGUGGUAUGGGUUCCCAUAAAGGACCAGCAAUGCCAAUCUAGAAAGCUGGUGGUUCCCUCACUACAAGACCUUUGCAUGGGCAUUUUAGUGAAGAAUGCAGAUGCAAUCACUUCACUUGAUUGUGUACCUGAUGCACUUAGGCACAAGAUUUGCCGGUCACUGUGCGAUGCUAGGAAAAUGACGUAUCAAUUUUUUGAACUUCUUAUCCGUGGAUCUCCUACAGAGAUACGUGUAAGGGAUUGUUCAUGGUUGAAUGAGGAGCAGUUCACAGAAAGCUUUGAAGGAUGCAAUACCAACAACUUGGUGGUGAGUUUUAAUUCUUUCUCCUUUACUUAUGCUAUAUUUGAUUGGAGUGAAAGGGUAAUGGUUGGAGAUGUUGUAAGUAAAAGUCAGCCGUUUGGCCAUGAAAAGUUUUUACUUUUUUACGGUAAAAGAAGUGAAAACUGUUUACUUAUUUUCACUCAUACUUCUCUCACAAAAUUUCAAAAACAACUUUAAUUUAUAUUUAUGGCCAAACAGAACUCCAACUCCAACUCCGGAAAAUUAUAAUUUUCAUGGCCGAACGGGGCCAUAUUAGGAAAUAUUAGAAAGUAUGAAGUAAAAGUUGAGGGAUUGCAUUGCUUUGAAUCAUCAGUGUUGGGUACCAUGUAGUUUUGAUGAUUGACAAACUGACACAUGAAUGAAACAUGUUACUUAAGUUGGUCCACGCAUAGGAAAGCAGAAUUCCAGUUUCGCUGAUAGAUGCAGACAAAAUUGCUUAAAGACAAGAACGAAUAAGCAAGCCUAAUUCUGAUAUACUCAAGCUACUGAUCAUGUGGGAAAUAUAACAAGUUGAAUUUGAUUCAAACACUUAACGAUAAGGGAAAGCAAUUUGAGUUGAAAAAAGAGUCCUACGUGUAGAAGGAGUUUCACUUCUGAGUAUAUCUUGAAGAGUCCUAUGUGUGGGAGGAGAAAGAUUUUGAUAAAUAAACAUGUCCUGAUUUAAAAGAGUUGGAGUUUUACUACAACACUAAGGAGACAAGAGUUGGAAAUAAAGAAAGAGUCUCACUUGAAGUAGAACUCUAUGCAAUGAGAGUUUUAAUUAAAGGAGGAGUUUGAAAUAAAGAAUGACUCUUUGAAGAGCUGUACUUAAAUAGAAGAUGCAUCAGUCAGAAUAAUACACGCACUUACAAAGCAGAAAAGCACAAUUGACAGAUUGACUUCACGAAGUGCUACUCAAUCACUGAAGAAACACAUUGAAGAACCUGGUCCUAAAUAUAGAAUCCAGCUAAGAGUUUUAGCUUUGAUUUUUAGAGUUCUUCAUUGUGUUUGAGCUAUUGAUGUAAUAUUAGUUUCAGUGUGUUAUAAACUGAAUUAGGAGAUAAUCUUCGAGUUGGGGAAAACUCAGAGACUUUGGGAACGUAUACCUUGGGAGGUGUGUGUGUAGUUAGGAAUUAGAGUUUAUCAUUCCUAGUUGUUGAGUCAAAAGAAUUAGAGCUUAUAAUUCCCAGUUGUUGAGUUAUAGGGAUUAGAGUUUAUAAUUCCUAUUUGUUGGUUACAAGAGUUUUGUUAUCAGUCAUUGUUGAGGCUCAGAGUUAUUUAGUGAAGUUGGGGUUAAAUCCUGUAGAGGUGCAGGUCGUGUUUUUUUACACCUUUUGAGACGGGUGUUUUCCACGUAAAAA